AUGCAGAACAACCGGCGAGUAUUUUUCUACCCGGUCAGUUUCUCACCGCGCAACCAUUCCUCAAGCCGUUUAAUCGUAACACUAAAGAGUUUCCGACGAGAUAUCUACCGUCCGAUCACCGGAAAUGAACGGCUUUUCGGACAAACAUCACUGGAUCCUCCACUUCAACAACUCACAUUCGAAAUCCCUUCAGAAUUUCUAGCUUCCGGAUCACUAGAGCGAUGCCUUGGACAAGUGUCUCAAGCUUUGAAGCGUGUUGAGCAAAGGAUUAGAGAAAUUCUGGUUUUGUAUGCUAUUCAACUCAAUGGAGAAAGCAAAGGAAGAGCUUUCGAGCUCACAGCUAAUGCGGAAGAUGUUGAAUUGCACUUGAUGGAAGAGAGUAAAGGAUGGACAACUUCUUGUAUCCCCCGAAAUCGAAAUCGAUGA